AUGAGGGCCAAGGACCUCGUGUACCACGUGGAGUGUUUCGCGUGUUACGCUUGCGGCGCGGUCCUGUGCAAGGGCGACUAUUACGGAGUGCGGGACGGCGCCGUUUUCUGCCGGCCGGACUACGAGCGGCUCAAGCACAGGGACAUGGCGUGCGAUCUGGAGCCGAUGUGCAGCCCUCCACGGGCGGCCGGCCACCACUGGCCGUCGGCGCACAAGGGCCGGCCGCGGAAGAAGAGGAACGUCCAGAUGCUGUCGUCGCCCAUGACGACGGCCGAUUGCAACGGGCUCACCGAGCUCAACGUGCUCAGGAUACCGCAAUCGACAUUGG